UACCUUCUCUUUCUCCUACUUUUCCUUCGCCGACUCCUACUCUCGUUACUUCAUCUCUCUCUCUUUCUCGUAUUCUCUACCCCUAGUGAGAUAUUGAUUUCCCUUAGCUGACUCCCACGAGGGCAGACGGCAGGCAACCAGGUACGGCUACCUCCGCAAAUAGACAGCCUCCGACUAUGAGGAGGGAAUCAUCGCAUGUAUCGAGAGUAUGCACUUUCCAAAGUUCGGCCGGUCCAACCAGUCGGCUGCCGAAAACUAUUCGGUUUGACGCUUCCUCGCGUUGAACAGUUGUCGCGUUGCACUCGAACGAUGCCGCGCUCUUCUCUACGUUCACGCCACGUGUAACUCACGUUCGCGUGACUUCCAUCCCAGAUGCGGAAAGUUAGGGGAAACUUGUGUAGCCGAGACUUAUGAAACUGCAAACAGGGCUACGAUCCAAUAAUAAAGUUUGAUGAGGAACUGUAAAGAUUUCCGAUACAGCGACAACUUCUUGACGCGUAUCGAAGAACGCGUAACGUCCCGUGAUUCGAAACAGUCCCAUCCGAUGCAAUUCGUGGAAUCCUAAUCGCGAAUUCGAAUUUCAAACGACCGACGAAUUCUUUACGUUUCUCCAUGUCGUCCGGAUCUAUUUAUGUACGUUCGGUAUCUGCCCGUCUGACCAUAUUCGAUCCUAUACUACUGGCAAUCGCUCUUCUCCCGAACGAGUUCAUCGGCAAUCUGUUUCGCCUCCGAUCAAUCUCCAUGGGCCGUUAAAAGUAUCAGAGUUGUCUUUCAAUUGCGUAUUAAUCUUCUCGGUUGCGCGGUUCAAUUACUCCCGGAGUAAGUACUUCCCUUUCGCCGGUGGCUGCCGUUCGGGAAUUCGUAGGUGUUCCAAGAAACUUUUGCGAAGUAAUCCGCCAUGUUGGUUCCUGCGCAUUGCUGGCCGCCGGAUUCGCGAGUGACUUGAAACUUUUUUAUUUACCGCGUUCAUGCUUACACACAGAGACAAAGAGUACCGGGGCUGGGGAAUCGUUUCCCCUACUCAAACUCUGGAUGGGGUGUAUCUGUCAACCCCCCACCGUGGCUCGCUUGCCGCCUGCCGCUUUCCAGCAAAGUUUUCCCGAGAUCCUGGAAACUAGGAGCGAUGGGAGAGAGAAAUGAGAGAGGGUGGGAGGGUGUAUGAACCGAGGGAAGGGAGAAGCGAGACCGCUUUCGAGUAGCGUGCGCUCACGGGGAUCCCGUUUCAGCGAAUUCUAACCUAGUAACGAGUUUCCCCUGUCGGUAACACCGGACGCGUGCCAGCGAUAAACGUGUCGCGUGUUAAGGGUGACAGUGGGGUGAGUAAAGUGGUACAUGACACGAGACGCGAUCGCCACGGUUACGUUCCUCACGGUGCGUCGGCUUCUUUUCCCGGCGAAACAAACCGAAAUGCGUAACAUCGCGAAACGCGUGAACCGAAGAUAAGAAAUAGUCGCGCCAGAACGUUUAUAAUAUUCUUACGAUGAUCCGUAAAUUACACAAUCGUGUCACGAGUUUGUUUACAUCGAUAAUCGGUUCUCGGGACGUUCAGUGGACACGUUGACAUCAUGCCCGACAAGUGUUUUAGACUGACGAGGAUUGCUGGAUCGUGACAAUCAGUUUUCAACAAAUACGUCAUAAUGGCGUCAAAGAAAACGAGGCAAAACCAUUCUAUACAGCACCUGCUAGAGCUGCCGAGCAACAGAGAGACAAAAUUGCCGCUAUAUUCCGUGAAGGAGUCGACCCAAACGCCACUCGUUCCAACCCCUCGUCAGGUCCCGGUAACCGUGCUGCAUCCCUCGCCGAAAAAGUUGUAUCUGAGCAAAACCCGGCAGAGCGGCCUCACGGACAGUUUGUAUCAGGGUCUCUCACGAACGGUCAGUCCAACCGCACGCCAACAAGAGUCGACCCUCCCGAGGCGGGACUAUCCCCGCCAAAUCAUGAACAAGGUGGAUGAUCGAGUCAGAUCGCCAGGUACUUCAAGAUGUCUGACCACUGCCAUGUCGCUUUCAAUCGCACCUUCCAGCCCUGAGGAACCUGUCACGCUGGUGGAACUGACCAGCGUGCCGGGUGGCCAGAAUGCGAUGGCUCAUCUCAAAAAACGGAAGCUGGAAGCAGAAUCUGUCAGCCCCAAUCCUAAGCAACCACAGCAGCCGCAACAGCAGCAGCAGCAGCAACAACAACAACAACAUUAUCAGCAGCAACCGUUGACCAACAAGAAGGCUGCGCAAAUCAUUCCACAAGAAAUGGAGACAGCUGAUGCUGCUGCUAAGCGAAGAAGGAAAAGCGUGCGCGACGAUGACACCCGCAAAUCGCUUGAUUCGAAUGACGCGAGUAAAAAUAUACCGUUGCCACAGAAGAAGCGAGCAUUCACCGCUGGAAACUCGGGUAGCCCGGCGAGGAAGGCUAGUAAACACUCGGAGGAACCAGAAGACGACGAAACGCUGAUCAGAGAAACCGAAGCGGCUUUGAAGAGCCUCUCUGGAAGCUGGCCCGGCCCGAGAGGCUCUUUGUAUCAUCGAGGCAACUCGGACGAGGACAAAUACGAAUCGAAUUUCGAAAACUUGUUCGAGGAGAAGAAAGAAAAUCCUAAACUGUCACCGUCUUCGAUGUCGACCUCCUCGAGUACGAGCAACGAGGCUCUGAAAGAUGUGAUAUCGUUCCGCGGCCAACAAGACAGGGGCAGCAAGGCGCAACAGCAGAUGAGAGACGCGAUGAAACUUCAACAGCAUCCGGGCAAAGUGAGAAAAGAUUUGGACAGCUUAUUGAAAUCGGAGAACGAGUGCGGUAACGUUCAAAGCCAAGUGAACAACGUGAACGCGAACGAGCAGGGAAAAAUCAGGCCGGUGCCCGUCAGAUCGCUGUCGACCAAAGACAGAAACGAGAGGAACGUCAUCGGUGCUCACGUGGAUGCUCAGGGUCGACAAACGGAUAAAUACUCUAGAUACGAUCCGCCCGACUUCAACGAAUUGGUCGACGAUUCGUCGAACGAAUUGGAGAUCGACAUGUCGGAUCCUACCGCUGAGAAAGACGAUGCUGACAGGGAUAAAAUGAACGACAGGGACAGAGACCGCACGUGUAGGAACGGUCAAACUUUGCAAGGGCCUGGGAGACAGCAGCAACAGCACCAACACCAUCAGCAGUUGUACUCGAAUUAUCAUAGACAGUACAACGAGAACGGGGCGAAGGUCUCCCCGACCGCAACUACCACCUCCUCUUCUUCGCCUCCGACGAAUUCUCCGUUCUCGGCUACGUCGGCGUUCAGGCCACCGAACUCGGAUCACUCGAAAUCUAAUCGCGGUGCAUCGGUGUCUGUGGCACCGACGAUCCCACCGAUGGGUCCGUACCCAGCAUCGGCCACCUUCGUCGGGUAUCCCGCUGCUGGUCCAGGGCCGACGAUGCCAACGCCGCAACCUGUUACUGGGAUGUCGCCCACCGCCGAAGACAAACACGCCAACUCGGUGUCGCUGUUGCAGUUGAAAUCGUCGAAGGAGGAGACGCAUCACGUGACGAGGCACGAAGUACCACCGAACACCGUGACGAGCAAUAAGAGUCCCACCGGCAGUAUGCCCGCGGUCACUAGCCCUGAUUCCUCGAAACAGUAUACGAUUCUUCAGCCGGCUGGUAUCGGCUCCAGAGCCGCCAGUGCCAUUCAGGACAUAGCCAGAGAGGGAGUGGUCAGUGUGACAGCUGUCAGCAGUUCUAGCACGAGCAACAACAGCUCGCCGAACGGUAUCAACAGUAGCAACAGUAACAGUGGCAGCAACGUAUCGAGCAAAACUACGAGCAGCAACGGUAGUGGUAACGCGAGCAACACUAAUUCGAGCAACAACGUAAACGGGAGCAGCGCGACGAACAGUAUCGCCGUGACUCCGGUUUCGACCAGUACAACGACGUCCAGCCCUACGACCGGUGCCGCCGCGUCAUCUGUAGCUGGUACGAGUACGGGGCAGCAGGAGAAUGUGAUGAAAAUGCCGGAAAGGUCCGGCACCUUCGACUCAAACAGGCCGGGAAUGUCCAUGUCUCCGUCCAGUCUCAGCAGAGAGGGCAACAAGUGCCCGACCCCAGGCUGCACGGGGCAGGGUCACGUGACCGGACUCUACUCUCACCACCGCAGCCUAUCCGGUUGUCCACGAAAGGAUAAACUGACGCCAGAGAUUCUGGCGAUGCAUGAGACUAUUUUGAAAUGCCCGACGCCUGGUUGCAACGGCCGUGGCCAUGUCAGCUCGAAUCGGAACACGCACAGGAGUUUGUCCGGAUGUCCAAUUGCAGCGGCCAAUAAGCAAGCCGCACGCGAGGCGCGACAUAAGGCUCAAGUGUCUGGGAUUCCGCCAGAGUAUAUAAGUACGAACCUGUUACCACCGUCAAUGGACAGCAAGAGCUAUUCCCAGUACGGGUCCUCGGGUCAGGACACGAAACCGGUGUUAAGCAGCCUGACCUACGACUACUACUCGACGACAAAGAGCACGGGGAUCAACGUAAAACCUCCGAAAACUCCCGAGGAGAGUCCCUCGUCCCGUACGAGCAAAGUGGUCCCUAAAACCGAGAACAUGACGAGCGGUAGUUGCUGCAACACUCUGCCGACAAGAGGCCAGAGCACGUCCGACCUGUUAGUGCCCAAGUCGGAGGACGCCGGCUCGUGUCGCGUUAAUUCACCCCCGCCACCGCCGCCGCCCACAGUGCGGCCGACUUAUGACUCGUACAUGAAUCAAGACUCGAACUCCUCGUCGUUGUCGUCGAUGGACGCGAUGGGCUCAAGGGGAACCAUCGGAGCGACGAUACAUCAUCCGAGUCAGCACCCGACGCACCACGUCUUGCCCAUGCAACCGACAGUGGCUUAUCCCAUGCCAAUGGUCGAAGACACUAGGAUGAGUCAUCAGAUGUCUCAGAGAUCUCCUUACGAGCCGGCUAUGAUGGCCGCAGCGGCGGCGGCUGCUGCUGCGGCCACCACCAGCGAGGAAUUGUACCAUCACAGAUCCGCGGAACACGCGAGGGCGUACAUGCACCCUGGCGCGAGCAACAUCGCGCGGCCGGUCGUCACCUACUCGAACGAGAUCGCGAACGCAAGAGGUUACGAAAAUGCGGUAGUCAGCGCGGCUAAUCACCGACCGUACGACCCUGGCACCACGUCCGCGUACGAGAGAUACGAUACCCAGAAUUGUGCACCUAUUCAGUCGCAACAGCAGCAGCAACAGCAACAACAGCAACAGCAACAGCAGCAGCAACAGCUGCAUUCUAGGACGAACAUGUAUUACCUGGGACAGACUGGAAUGACACCGGAGGAACAGGAACGAGUGUAUCAUCAAGAGGCUGCGGCUGCUGCUCAACAGCAUCAGAUGGCGAUGGCUGCUGCCACCGCAGCUGGAAUGAUGAAGACCGAGGAUGUAAAAUGUGUCACAGUGGCGCAAGUGCAGCAAAUGCAAAAGCCUGGUGGCCCUCCGACAUCACCCGGUGGCUCUGUAAUGGACCUGUCCACCUCCAGCGUCACGUCGACGAGUCCUCAGGCGCCACCGUAUGGUUCCAACAGCCUCAGUCCUCAAUACGGCGGUGGACAGACAGUAGGAGGGAGUCCUCAAGCUGCAGCGAGUCCGCAUCUGACUGCUAGCCCUCAGGUUCCCAGCCCGCAAGGACAGACCCUCGAUCUCAGCGUGAACAGGCUUCACAGCGGCGCGCCGAGUCCCCAAUACCCAACCGGCCACGGGGAGGCUGUGGCGGUUCCCGUUGGACCCGGAUUCCCGGCGCCCAGACCAAUCGAGGAGCAAACCGAGCCCGUUGACUUCUCGACGGCGAACGAGCCGGUCAAUUUCAGCGGGGGUCCUGGGAUCAGGCCUGUGCCAGGCUUCCCACCACCCGGUGUGCACGUCACGGCUUAUAGUCGAGAAAGCACCCCCGACAGCGGGGGUUCCCACUACAUGGACGCCUACCGCGAUCCCACCGGCUACGGACCAAUGAGCCCGCAUCCAGGGUACGGAAUGACAGGCGUUCAACCGGAAUACCCUGGCAACACGUACACUCCUUACCCCACUGCAGGCUACAAUUGCGGUGGAACUUAUCCCGGAGGUCCCGUGACUUCCGGUUACCAAAUCCCGGCCGGGUACACGCCGACACCCUGCUAUAGCAUGCCGCCCCCGCAGCACACGGUCGGACCUCUCGAUAAACCCACGGGUAAAGACGAUAGUAUGAGGCGGCACUCGUUGAAUUUCGCACCUCGUCCCGCUCCUCGUGGUCGCGAUGGCAAGGAGCUGAUACAGUGCCCCACGUUGUCCUGUGAUGGCAUGGGUCAUGUCUCGGGAAACUACGCUACCCACAGAAGUUUGUCCGGUUGUCCGCGAGCGGAUCGUUCACAGAUUCAAGCGCAUUCGCAAGAACUGAAGUGUCCCACGCCAGGGUGCGACGGUUCCGGACACGUGACCGGAAACUAUUCGUCCCACAGGAGUCUGUCCGGUUGUCCGCGGGCUAACAAACCGAAGAGCAAGCCCCGAGACGGACAGGACUCCGAGCCAUUAAGGUGUCCGAUCCCCGGUUGCGACGGCUCCGGCCACGCUACUGGCAAAUUCUUGUCGCAUCGCAGCGCGUCGGGUUGUCCAAUCGCGAACAGGAACAAGAUGCGAGUACUGGAAUCUGGAGGCACGGUGGAACAGCACAAAGCGGCGGUGGCUGCGGCGACAGCGAUGAAGUUCGAGGGCGUGAACUGUCCGACGCCGGGGUGCGACGGGAUCGGUCAUAUAAACGGUUCCUUCUCGACCCAUAGAUCGCUGUCCGGUUGCCCGAUUGCUGGGCACGCGGUGAAGAAACCGAAGUUCGAAGACAUGUCGAGCAUGUACAGCAAAGGAAUCACCGGAGUGGACACCAGUGGUCCGCCUCACGGGGGUGCGGUGGGUACGGGUCAGGGUAACACGAGUGGUAGCGGUACCGCCAGUGGCCAGAGCGAAGAUCUCUACACACUGGAGGCCGAGAUCACGGAGCUCCAGAGGGAGAACGCUCGGGUCGAAUCGCAGGUGAUGCGCUUGCGCUCCGACAUCACCGCCAUGGAGAACCAGUUGAAGCAAGGUGAAAAGGAAACGACGACUAUCUCCCAGCGGAACAACAACCUGACCGAGUACUAUCAGUCGCUGCGCGAUAACAUGAUAACGUUGUUGGAGCACGUGCGAAUACCGAAUGCCCCGGGCGGACCGCAGGAGAAGAUGGGCCACGAGAAUUUCGACAGUUAUUUGACGAAGUUGCAAACGCUGUGCACGGCAGAUGGUUACUGCGCGGACGAGGCGAACAGGCCGAUAUACGAAACGGUGAAGACCGCGCUGCAAGAUUUCACGGUACUACCGACACCCAUCUGA